GGCAACAAUUCCACCGUCCAGGGCAGACUAGCAUGGCACAUCAGUUUCACCGUCUAGGGCAGCAGAUGCCAGGUCAAUACGGCGCCAUGGCGUCCUCGCAAGGUCCUAAGGUAGCUGGAUCGCAGCUGCUAACUCAAACCGGGGCUACAGCAGCUAGCACACCAGGAGCAGGUGGAGGGCCGGCCAACUUUCCGCUUAUACCGUCAUUCGAUGCGAGUCCAUUCGUGACGCACACUGGCAUGAUGGCUCCUUCACAAAUGAUGGCGUCGCAAAUGACCGCAGGCGGAUCAACUUCGUUGAGCACGCCAAGUGCGCCCGUGGUGUUGUUUUCUUCGGGUGAUUUUCUUCUAUCGAGAUUGGCGUUGGAGGAGAACCUAGCACAGGCUUCUUUCACAGUUCUGCGAUACGUGUAUGCCGCCACCUCACAGGAUGAGGAGAACCGAGUACGGAAAUUACUGGCGUCGGUGCCUCGAACGUCUACGUGGCAGCAGACAACAACGUCUGCCACGUGGCAGCAGACAACCCAAGUGCUGCGCAUAGACCAAGAGGAAAGCUCCCUAGUGCAUCAGUGCGAAGCGCUGAGAUUACAAAUACACCAACUACUAGGGGGACGUCCUUGGAUGCCGGUAUGUGUGCUAAGCGAUCCAGGGACCUGCUUCGACCCAAGUCUCUUACGGCCUCACUUGCUUGACUAGCAACAACCAAUUUGCUGUACCUUCCUACCUGAACACAUAGUAGUUUGAUCAUGAUUAGGUCGUUGGCUCGUAGUUCUUCUUUUUCAUGCGUACUUAGUUACCACAGUAGAUUUGCUUAUAUUGACUUCAUUUGAUUUCUCACUUCUCUGAACUGCAUACAGGUGUAGGUAGCAUAGAUGUCCUGAUAUUAUGAUAUGUGUUACUGUUCCUAUUACAACAGCCACAUAUUUUUUCUUUCCUUUAAUCGUGAAAGUUCCAGCAUCGCAGCAGCCUAAUUUAUUUCCGUUUCGCGGCGUGCCGCUUCGGACACACUACGUUGCAGCCCAAAGUAUAAUGUUAUGACCUCCGAAAAUACAUCUUCAGAAGCAUCUUGGACCUCCGUGUAAAGGGGAAGCGGAACCAUGACGACUUUCAAGAUGGAUUCCCGGAGGGUCUAAUAAUGGGCACCCCUCACGUGGCAACGAUACUGACCUUGCAACGGGACUGCGGUGGUCUAGUACGCACUGCUUUCGGAAACAAGCCGUCCGCGUUCCCUCCGACUCUCGCUGGCCUCAAGGACGGCCGUGCUUGGUACGUGAACUUUGGCUUGCCUGCAAAGUGUACGAAAUUCUCAACCCAAGCGGGAACAGGAGCAACGCAGCAAUUUAUGACAUAGAGAAGCUUGAGUAAUGAUGAUAGCCGUAGUAGACAGCGACUAAUGCAUGCGACAAACAAAUACUUUUUGCUGAGUGUUGUUGUACUUUCAAAUUAGAACACUUGUUAAGGUUUUUAGGUUGUCAUUCCCUCACCCUCAAAUAGUAAAUCAUUUGUCUUUUCCACCCCGCUUUCCACCUCCUUCUUUCAUAUGCACCCACUUGCAGUGCAAAACAAGCUCGGUGAUGCCGCACUUUUCCGACAUAGUCUAUGCGCCAUAUCAACCAAGUGAGUCGUUUGGUGAGACCGCAAGCCUACGACCCCAGCCAAGGACCCUUGAUGUAGAUUUAGUCGAAGGGCCAAACAUUCAGCGACAUCUUCAAGGACAGGGAUCCAUGGGAUUAGGAGCCGAGAUUAAGCGGAGUAUGCCGUCGAACGGGCUUCCGACCCUCAACGAUAUGAGUCUUGUGAUGUCGCGUUUACUAGGUUUUUACGGGUAGGGCGUUUUUAUAGUUGUUGUUGUUGUUCUUGUUGUGAAAAAGUCUAGGUAGGGGGUUCAGGGUUUGAUAAUUGGGCUAGUUAGCUAGGUAAUUGGACCACAAGGCGCGCGCGCGCGCCCGUUUGUUGUAUAAUCGUCCGUAAGAGUUUUCCACGUCGUAGCCUUUCCAAAAACAAUAGCACUUUAUUGCUUGAAUAUUCGCAUCUCAUGUUGUGUUUAAGAUUUCGCAAAAAGAUACUGUGCAACCAAUGAAUUAUCGACAUUUUUCAAGUAUCUACUCGCUCGCGUCCUUCAAUACUACUACGAAUCUUCUGUGCAGCCCUCUACGAAGACGAGGAGAACUACUCGGGAUCUCUAACUUCCAAGAACAUGGAAGAGCAAUUGAUUGUAAGGAGUUUUUGGUGGAAGUUCGCAGUUACUUGGACACAUCUGAGACCACAAACACGGUCGUGGUGGAAGCACGCAG